AUGGACCUCGAGUCAUACGCCCUCACAGCAGAACACGAGAAUGAUCGGAGUGUCCCAUCUCCGGAUAUCAAGGGAAAGGGAAAGCAGAGGGAAGAGGAUGCGGGCGUUCCUCGAGAAGAGGAAGAGGACGUGACCCUUGAGGCAGAUGUCCGACACAUUGCCAACAGCGUCUCUUCAUGGUGGUCUGGCUUCAGCAAGAAGACACAAGAGCAGCUUGCGUCGGCGCAGACUCGCAUCGCAGAUCAAGGAGGCAUAGUCCAAUUUGCACGAAACGAGGCUGCAAAGAUCGAAGCGCAGCUCGAAGACACACGCAAAGAGGCAAAGGCUCAGAGAGAAGCGCAGGAUGUGAAGGAGAGGUCAGAGAAGCGAAAUGAGCAGGCCGCAGAGGGUGAGGCCGCGCACCCUAAUGGCGGCGAAGCUGCUCCUCGCAGCGAUAAGCCGGACGCAGGCAUUGCACCUUCCGAAACUGCUUCCUCAGGUGAACAGUCAGCCAGCACUAGCACGCUUCUCCAACGACUGCAGACAAUGUCGACGGAUCCUCGCGUCGCCUCUCUCCAAUCCGACGUGACACAACGCCUCUCCACCCUCUUCUCCCAGUCCAACACUCAGACGCAGAAUCUCUCGCGCUCCGUUCAGGCAGCAUUGCAAGAUGCAUCGACGUCGUUGCGUCAGCUGAGCGGGCCAGAGGGCAAGGCGUAUGCUCAGCGCUACCUUCAAGCUGGGCAGGAUCUAAUGGGCAAGGCGGGCGAAGAGUGGAAGGACAUGAUGGGCGAGCUGGUCAAGGUCGUGCCUGCUGAGGAGGCGUCUAACGGCAAGGCAAAGUGGGAGACGACAGCAGGAGCAGGAGUGGUAGCGUCACGAUCUGAUACGCAAGGCAUGCUGGCCGCAGAGACGACGGACUCGGAUGCCUUCUCGUGGGAGGAUGCAGCAACGGAUGGCGGGCACAGCAAGGACAGCUCGGCGCCUUCGCAGGUCGAUGCGGAUGAGCUGCGACAGCGUGAUGACAAGGAGCAGCCUAAGGGUAAGGCAGAGGAGGUAGCUGCCAAGGCAAAAGCGAAGGAAGAUGAUAGCGAUGAUUCCGAUUGGGAGUGA